CUGGGAAGGAGAGACUGGGAUUUGUGGAGGAGAGAGGGUAAUCCCAGGCUGCUUCCCCGGGGUAAGGAGAAGCAUGCAUGGGCACUAAUGCAAGACUUCCCCGUCUGGCAGAGGUGAUGAAGAGAGAGCCCUGGCCCCGUUGGAGCUGGGAGAGCAAGAGGAUGAUCGCCUGUGUCCAGGAGCCAGUUCGGCCGGACCUGACCGCAGCAGCUGUCGGGGGUGCUGCUGUUCCUGGCCAGCAGGAGGCACCAUCCGCGGUUGCGGGGAGCCCAGAGUCGCUGGGUGCUGGCCCCGGGAAAGAGGAGGAGGUGUACAUCUGCUCGGUGUGCGGGCGUGGUGUGACCGGGGCGUCACCGUUCUCCCUGCACCAGAGGGUCCACGCCAGCCACUGCUGUGCCACCUGCGGCAAGGGUUUCACCCGCUCAUCAAACCUGGCAAGGCACCGGCGCAUGCACGCCCUCCAGCCAGUGCACAGAUGCCCCCGCUGCGGCAAGUGCUUCCGCCAGGCAUCUGACCUCCAGCGGCACCGGCUGGUACACACUGGGGAGCGCUGGUACCGGUGCGGUGAGUGCGGCAAAACCUUCACCCAGUCGUCCAACCUGGCGCGGCACAAGCGCAUCCACACCGGCGAGCGGCCCUUCACCUGCGCCGCCUGCGGCAAGGACUUCAACCGGAUGUCCAGCCUGGAGCAGCAUCAGCGUGUCCACACCGGCGAGAGGCCCUUCCGGUGCCCGCUGUGCGGCAAGGGCUUCAACCAGUCCUCCAACCUCUCCCGGCACCGACACACCCACCGCCGGCACUGGGCAUGCCGCCGCCGCCGGCGCUGGGCCCUCGGCCCAUCCGACCAGGGCACUCUGCCGUGAGAACCAGCAAACACCCAGCCAGCCCCACCAGAACUAGCACCGGGCCCCACCAGAACCAGCACCAGCACCGGGCCCCACCAGAACCAGAACCAGCACCGGGCCCCACCAGCACCGGGCCCCACCAGAACCAGAACAAACCCCGGGCCCCACCAGAACCAGCACCAGGCCCCACCAAACCAGAACAAACCCCGGGCCCCACCAGAACCAGCACCGGGCCCCACCAAAACCAGAACAAACCCCGGGCCCCACCAAAACCAGAACAAAGCCCGGGCCCCACCAAAACCAGAACAAACCCUGGGCCCCACCGGAACCAGCACCAGGCCCCACCAGAACCAACCCCAGGCCCCACCAGAACCUACACCGGGUCCCACCAGAACCAGAACCAGCACCGGGCCCCACCAGAACCAGCACCGGCCUUCACCAGAACCAGAACCAGCACCAGGCCCCACCAGAACCAGAACCAGCACCGGGCCCCACGAGAACCAGAACCAGCACCACCCACUGCUGCCAGAACUGUUCCCACUCCUCCAGGCAUGACCCCCAGGAGCCGGUGAGAGAGAUGCAUCUAGCACUGAAACAGCAGGAGCCGCAACGACGGAAACAUCUACAGCAGGAGGAGCAGUACCUCUGUACGGUCACAUUAAAACCGGGUUUACUCACUAA